AUGCAAGCUCUCAAGAUUGCAGGCUUCCUUCCUACUUUAAUGACAUCCCAAUUCUUCGUAAAUAUUCCCAUUCCAGAAUUCGACUUCUCAGGCCAGACGGUGAUCGUAACAGGCUCCAAUACUGGCCUAGGAAAGGAAGCAGCACGACACCUUGUGCGCCUCAAAGCCUCAAAAGUCAUCCUCGCAGUCCGAACAGUUUCGAAAGGCGAAGCUGCAGCCAAGGACAUCGUCGAGAGCUGCAAAGUCUCUGCCGAUGUGGUCGAAGUGUGGGAGCUGGACUCUGGUGAUGAAGCUUCCAUCGACGCGUUCGCAAAACGAGUUCAGGCUCUGGAAAGACUGGAUGCCGCAAUUCUGAACGCUGGCGUGAUGACCAUGGAAUGGCGCACGGUGGACGUCCACGAGAGUACUCUGGCUGUUAACGUGUUUGGGAACUUACGCUUGACCAAAGUUCUGCUGCCGAAAAUGCAGGACAGCGCGCGGCGGACUGGUCAGCAGGGUCGAAUCAGUGUCGUUGGAAGUGACAUGAUGUAUGUUGCAAAUCUUGGCGAACUGGAGACAGAUGGCAAAAUCGUCGACAAGCUGGACAGUAAAGACUUGUCCCUGAAGUGGAUGGGGCAGCGGUACCAAUUGAGCAAGAUCUUGAUCUUCUGGGCGAUGAAACAGCUGGCCAAGGUCAAUCCAGUGGCUGGUGAAUCUGGUGUCGUCUUGACGGUCAUGACGCCGGGUGCUUGCAAGAGCACGAUUUUCCGUGACCCGAUCAAUCCAAGGGUGAAGAACAUGGCGGACUGGGUAAUGGCUCUGUUUCAGCGCACCACCGAAGUUGGUGGGAGAGCACUUGUACACGCUAUCGAGCCUCAGCUGCCGCAAGAGGCGCAUGGAAAGUUCCUGAUGGAUGCCAGGGUAGGCUCCGAGGGAUUGAAUGUCACUAGUAAGCAAGCAGAAAGAUUAGCAGCAAAGUGGAACGAGGAAGUUCUUGCUGUAGUGGAGGACCAUGGGAAUCCCAAGUUGUGA